AUGGCGCCUGUAACCACGUCCAUGAUCGAUGGUGAUGCCGACGCCAUUGCCAUCAUCGGCAUGUCUUGUCGAUUCUCAGGCACGGCAACAUCUCCUGAAUCCCUUUGGCAGAUGUUGUCCAGAGGCCUUACAGGCUGGUCUAGUAAUGCAGGCAAUCGAUUCAGAAUGGAUGCAUUUUGGCAUCCCCAAGCAGAUCUAAGUGGCUCGUUCAACACUCGUGGCCUUCAUCUCCUCAAGCAGGACCCCGCUCUGUUCGACAAUGGCUUCUUUGGCAUUUCCAACGUUGAGGCUAAGGCCAUAGAUCCUCAGCACCGAAUGAUGUUAGAAGUUGCCUAUGAAGCGUUCGAGGAUGCCGGUAUCUCAAUGAAUAACUUAGCCGGCUCUGACACUGCUGUUUUCUGUGCGAUAUCUAAUCAUGAUUACGAAAAGAUUUUAGGCCGAGAUUCCGAAACCUCACCCGGUUAUCGCUUUACAGGAACAGGACCGUCAAUGCUGUCUAAUCGUAUUUCUUAUUUCUUCGAUCUUCGCGGACCAAGCAUCACGCUUGACACGGCUUGCUCCAGCGGCUUAGUCGCCCUACACGAGGCUUGUAAGACGAUUCGCAAUGGAGAGGUAACACAGGCGCUUGUAGGAGGUGCAAAUCUUAUUCUUGAUCCAGACCAGACUGCAGUGAUGUCAUCCAUGUCCUUCUUGUCUCCGCAUGGACGGUGCUACUCGUUCGAUGAGCGAGCAGAUGGCUUCGGAAGGGGUGAAGGAGUAGCCGCAGUUAUGUUGAAGUCUUUGAAACAGGCUUUGCAUGACGGAGAUGCCAUCAGAGCUGUGAUCCGUGCCAGUGGUGUCAUACAGGAUGGUCGUACACCGGGAAUUACGAUGCCUUCGUGCGAAGCACAGGCAAGAAUGAUCAAGAAGGUAUACGAAAUGGCAGGACUUAACCCUAAAGACACUUGUUACGUGGAAGCACACGGAACCGGUACAACGCUAGGAGACAAAAUCGAGGCUACAGCUUUGAAAGACGUCUUUUGCAAUGGCGAACGUGAUUCAAAGCUCUUGAUCGGGAGCGUUAAGGCAAAUAUUGGCCAUACAGAGAGUGUGGCUGGUCUAGCUGGUGUGAUCAAAACCGUACUUGUUCUUGAGAAAGGGGCGAUUCCACCUAAUCCAACUUUCCAAAAGCCAAAUAAAAAUUUGCCGCUUUGUGAAUGGAAUAUGGAGGUCCCAAUCAAUUUGAUUGAGUGGCCGUCUAAUUGCGUUCGACGGGCGUCUGUUAAUAGCUUCGGAUAUGGCGGAACCAAUGGACAUGUUAUUCUUGAGGCUGCAGACGAAUAUGUCAACCGGAAUCAGACUACACGUGCAUCCCAAGAUCGCUCAGAAAGCCAACGGCCAAGGCUCUUUGUUCUCUCGCAUGCUCACGAGUCCGGGUUGGGCGAGACUGCUAGACGACUGAAGAGCUUUGUCGACACCAUGGAGGAGUCACAAUACGCGUUGAGCAGCCUGGCUUUGACUCUCAGUAGACGCUCUCAUCAUGACUAUAAGUGUUCUAUAACGGCCACGACCCGACAGGAGCUAGUUGAAGGUCUCGAGAAGCACGCGAGGGGCGAGGAUCGCGUGGUUAGCCAUGUGAAGCCCGUAAAGCUUUGCUUUGCAUUUAGUGGGCAAGGAGCGCAAUGGCCUGGUAUGGGGCGCGAGCUUCUACGCACUGAGCCAGUAUAUGCGGCAUCCAUGAAACGGUCUGAAGACAUACUCUUACAGCUCGGUGCGCCGUGGCACCUAAUUGACGAAAUUUGUAAGCAAGAUGAUUCCAGGAUCAAUGAAGCCGAGCUAUCCCAGCCAGCUUGCACUGCCGUACAGAUCGCAUUGGUUGAUUUGUUAGCAUCUUGGAACGCUGUGCCAGAUGGGGUCGUUGGUCACAGUUCGGGCGAGAUUGCUGCGGCAUAUGCUGCUGGAAUGAUAUCUGUUGAUGACGCUCUAAAAGUUGCUUAUCAUCGCGGCCAGAGCGUCUUGAAAUUGAAAAAGAAGUACACAAACUUACAUGGUGCCAUGCUUGCUGCAGGAAUUUCCCCAGUCAACGCACAAGAAUAUGCAUCGAAGGUACAAGGCACUGGAAAAGUAGUCCUUGCAUGCGAGAAUUCUCCUAGCAGUGUUACUUUUUCAGGAGAUGAAACAGCUGUAUCUGAGAUCCAAGACGCUCUCAACGCAAACCAACUCUUCAACAGAAGACUAGUUGUGGACGCUGCUUAUCAUUCUCAUCAUAUGGAACUCGUCCAGGACGACUACUGGGCGUCCAUCAAAGAUAUACAAUGCCAUCGGAAGCACCAGGGAAUUCAGAUGGUUUCAUCUGUUGAUGGCAAAGAAAUCGAACACAAAGAAACAGACGCACGGUACUGGUGCAGGAAUCUGACCUCUCCAGUGCGUUUUGUGGAUGCCAUGACUGGUGUAUUGAAGUUGGUGCAAGCAGAAGAAUCAAGGAGUCGCGUCGUGGUGGUUGAAGUUGGUCCGCACUCGGCACUCGCUGGACCAAUCAAGCAAAUCGUAAAAGGAGAGAACCUCAAUGGAAUUGAUUACGUAUCCGUCCUCAAACGACCACAGGAUUCUAGCAAAACAUCGAUUGCAACAGCUGGACAGCUUUUCGAGAAAGGUUUCCGCAGACUCAACUUUAAUGCUAUUAACGACCCUUAUGGCACAUUACAAAAGCGAUUUCUGUCUGACUUACCCACGUACUGUUGGUCGCACAAGACCCCCUUCUGGAGCGAAUCUAGAAGGAGUUUGAAUCAUCGACUUCGACAAUUCGCCAGACAUGACCUUUUAGGAACCAGCAGUGUUGAUAGCAUUUCGGAAGAGCCAACAUGGAGAAAUUACCUCCGCCUUCAAGAGCAGCCAUGGCUCUCUGGGCACACAAUAGCCGAGUCUAUUGUCUUUCCUGCUGCAGGAUUUAUUUCCAUGGCUUUGGAAGCUCUCAAACAGAUGUUCAUUCGAGCAAACACACCUUGGAAAAACAUGCACAUAAAAUUUCGCCAGCUCCAUUUCGGAAGUGCUCUUAUUAUUCCAGAAGAUUCGGCCGUGGAAACGAUGAUCGCACUGCGACGACACGGGGCAAAGGGUACAUGGAAAGAAUUUCGCGUUUUCUCUAUUUCAAACAAUGGAGAAUCAACAGAGCAUUGUCGAGGAUUGAUAAGCGCUGAAACUCAGCUCAAUAAGCGACGGGACCUUACCGAUGAAGAGUCUUUGAAGUUUCUCCGAGAUGUUUCUGAGGCCUGUCACAUGCCAAUCAACCCUACGAAGCUUUAUCGCGAGCUCAAAACAAUUGGUCUUCAUUACAAUGGUCUAUUUGCAAAUCUGAAGCAUAUCAAGGCUUCUGAGUCAAAAUCUCUAUGUCGCGUUGUCAUUCCGGAUGCAAAAUCUACCAUGCCUAGUCAGUACCAACAGGCUCAUUGUAUCCACCCAUCAACUUUGGACCUUUGCAUCCAGUCAGUCUUCCCAAUCAUGAAAGUCGCCGGCCUUCUUGGGAGUUCUGUUGUCGUGGGUUCAAUUGACAGUUUGGAGUUGCACAGUGAGAUUCACUCGCGUCCUGGGCAAGAGCUCAUUGUAACAACGAAGCUGGAGCAAUACGGUCGGUCGAAAGUCACUGCGGAUGCCGUUGUGGCAGGAUACAAUUCAAACACAGCACCUGUGUUUAUGAAAGUCAAAGGUCUGGUUUUGGCGAGCUCAGGCGGACCACUCCAUCCAGGAAUCUCGCAUCGCCCGGCAGGCCAAUCCCUAACGCACCGUAUCGAGUGGUCUGUAGACCCUGUCUUCUCAGAACCAGAAACUAUCAGAGAAAUAUGUUGCCUAAAAGAGAACGAACUUAAAUCAGUUGGUUCAAACAAAAUUUGUGAGGAAUACGCAAAGACUUUGAUUCAUAACACACUCAGUUCCCUUUGCCCAGAGGAUCAUGUCAAAAUCAAAGGCCACCACAAGGAUUUUCUACAAUGGAUGCAGACAAAAAGCGCGGAAUUUGCUAUCUCUUCAGUUAGUUCGGAUGAGAACCUAGAAGCAAAAGUCAAGCUUGCUGGACCCCACGGUGAAACCUUGGCUCAUAUCGGCCCGCAUCUCGUUGAAGUCUUGCGUGGCGAGGUUGAUGGUUUAGACUUGCUUAGGCAGAACGACCACCUAUAUUCCAUGUAUAGCUACGACAAUUACGACAGAGGUCAUCGACAAUUGACGAAGUAUGUGCAGUUUCUCCAAUUCGGCAAUCCAAAUAUGCGCAUUCUGGAGAUUGGAGCGGGAACGGCAAGUACUACUUUGCCUCUUCUCGAAGCAUUGGCUGAGAGAACGGAUUGUUCUGGUCGACCUAAGCUCGAUCGAUAUACCUUUACAGACAUCUCAACAGGAUUUUUUGACAAGGCACGGGACAAACUUGCAAAUUUCGAUGAUGUCGUAGAGUACAAACGACUCGACAUUGAACUCUGGCCUGACCAGCAGGGUAUCAAGCCGGCAUCGUAUGACCUUGUAAUUGCGACAAAUGUUCUGCAUGCUACAAAAGAUAUCCGUCACACGUUGAAUAAUGUACGAAGUCUACUCAAGCCGGGAGGUCAUUUAGCUCUCAUGGAGUUUACGUCAUUGACACUUUACACUGGUUUAAUAUUCGGAAUGCUUCCAGGAUGGUGGCUAUCGACUGAUGGCCGAAAAGGAGGCCCUUUGCUUACUACAAGUAGCUGGCAUGAGAAUCUUCAAAGCUGCGGUUUCACGGGAGUUGACUUGGAACUUCGAGAUUACGAGGACGAGCAACAUGAGAUGAGUCUAAUGAUAUCCACCGCCGGCCGGCCAUCACAAAAUGUAGAACCGCGUUCUACGCGCUUGUCGGUGGAUUCAGAUUCCACAGGAUCAAUGGUGCAAGUUGAUAUGGAUCUGUCUAGCCCGGAAGAGGUAGUGACACCAAGUACGGGCAUUUCAACCGAAGACGGUGAAGACGUACGUAUUGUUCAAAUACUGCAUCGAGUUGCAGAGCAGCGCAUUGCUGAAAGGCUUUCAAAAUUACUGGAGAAUGCUGGAAUUUUAAACAGACUAGUUGAUUUGUCUGCACUUCAACCAGAUGGUCAAUCGGUAAUCGUCCUUCUUGAGGUGAUCGAUCCGUUCCUGGCGACAUGUUCUGAGACAGAGUGGGAGAGGAUACGGGAGCUUUGCAAGGUUGCGAGUGAAGUUAUAUGGGUUACAACUGGGGCGACUGUUGAGUGUACUGAUCCAAUGAGAUCUUUGAUAACUGGCCUUGCACGCUGCCUACAAACAGAGAACCACGCGAUCAAGUUCACAACAGUCGACUUGGAACCUAAGUCCAGCUUGAGGACGACUAUGGAAUGGGAGGAUAGUUCCGCUAGCCAUAUAUUCACCAUUUCUCGACGAAUACUCAGCUCUCAAUACCGCGAGACAUCCACCGAAUGGGAAUUCGCUAUUCGGAACCACAACAUUCUUGUUCCCAGGCUUGUUGAGGACAAAGAAACGUACAACAUGAUUAAGGACGGAAUUUCCACGUUUCACCCACAAGCACAGAAGGCUCUCACAUCAAACAGAGCACUUGGACUCAAUAUUCAAGUGCCAGGACUCUUGGAUACACUAUAUUGGCAAGAUUUUCCGAAACACGCAAGGUGUGUAGGAGCAGACGAGGUUCGUGUCGAGAUGAAAUUCCUGUCUCUGAAUUUCAAGGACAUAAUGGUUGCAAUGGGCCAACUCGAGGGCCAUACUGCCCUUCUUCUUGAAGGAAGUGGUCAAGUCAUUGAAGUUGGUGCAAACGUGCGCGAGCAGUUUAACAUUGGUGACCUGGUUUAUGUUUGUGAUUUCGACGGCCUUGCAACCAUCUCCAAUAUCCACAAAGCAAACGUACAUCGCUUAUCAGAAAUCACUGAAUUGGAAACCGCAGCUGCAACAGGUAUCGCCUUUGCCACAGCGCUUUACGGCCUGCAAGAGUGCGGAAGACUUCAGAAAGGCGAGCGAUUGCUUAUUCAUUCAGGAGCAGGUGCUGUUGGACAAGCGGCCAUAACGCUUGCUCAAAAGAUUUACAAGGCAGGCGAGAUUUUCGUCACUGUCGGAAGUGAUGAUAAGCGCGACUUCAUCAAUGCGAAGUUUGGCAUUCCGUUGGAAAAUAUCUUUUCGAGCCGUGGGCUUUCGUUCUAUAACUCAGUGCUCCGCAGGACGAACGGUGAAGGGGUGGAUGUCGUUCUGAACUCACUUGACGGCGAAGCGUUACAAAAAAGCGUAGAACUUCUUUCCCCAUUUGGCCGAUUCGUGGAAAUUGGCAAAAAAGAUUUAACGUCUUCGGAGAGUCGACUGGAAAUGCGUGCGCUUGAAAAGAAUAUUGUUUUUGCUUCCGUUGAUCUUGCGCUGCUUGGUAAAAGGAACCCAGAUAAACUAGGACUGGUGAUGCAAGACGUGUUUGACCUCCUUCGCAAGGAGAAAAUCACAGCAGUAAGCCCAAUCACGAUCAUGCAGGUAUCUCAUUUGGAAGAUGCAUGCAGAAUGAUGCAGGCUGGCAAGCACAUCGGAAAGAUAUUAAUCGACCUCAAUAAAGAAGCUUCGAUUCAAGUACAACCUUCUAAGCCUUCACCUCCGAAGCUAAGACAAGACAGUUCGUACUUAGUAGUGGGCGGAACUGGCGGUCUUGGGAAAGCAACAAUACGACUUCUUGUUGAGCUUGGCGCAAGGAGAAUCGUGACCCUGUCACGAUCUGGCGCGGAAAGCCUUGCCGUACAAGAGUUGUUAGAAGAGAUGUCAGGCCGCGGUAUUGAAAUAACCAUACACAAAGGGAGUGUGACUGAUAAAUCCACUCUCGAAGCAAUCAAGCUUCGUUGUGGCAAGUAUCCAGUGCGAGGAGUCGUCCAAGGUGCGAUGGUAUUACGUGACUCUCGGGUGGAAAAUAUGACUUACGAAGAUUGGCGCAUGGCAAUUGAGCCUAAAGUCCAUGGAACGUGGAAUUUGCACGAAGUUUUUGGGCGGUCGCUUGAUUUCUUUGUUCUUCUUUCAAGUAGUGGCGGCGUCAUCGGGUCUUUCAGCCAGGGCAAUUACUGCGCAGGAAACACGUUUCAGGACGCAUUCGCUAGAUACCGGGCAGGCCUUGGGCUCGCGGGUCGAUCGAUUGACGUUGGGUUUGUCGAAGGAGAAGGAUAUACGGCAGAGAACGAAUCUGCAGCAGAAUUUGUGAGACGCCAAGGUCUCACUUCAUAUAAACUUGAAGAGUACCUCCUUACUGUUGAAGAAGCCAUCAAGAAUCCUAUUGCAAACGAACCAAGUCAAGCGCAGCUCCUUUGCGGCAUAAGCAGAGCCGAUCCGAAGUCCGACAACCCCGAAACGGCUCUACAACGACCCGACUCUAAGUUCUCUCAUAUAUGGUCCAAGGACAGCCACCGAGAAGAAAGCAACAACGUUUCAACCGGCCACAUUGACGUACACGCCAUCCUGAGUAAUUGCACCGUUGCGGAUCAGGCGAUCGAGACAACAACGCUCGCAAUGAAACAGAAAUUGGCGCGAUUACUAGCUAUCCCUGUUGACGAAAUUCGUCAGGAUCGAUCCAUUGCCAGUUAUGGGAUGGAUUCACUUAUUGCUGUUGAGCUUCGCAACUGGUUAUCUACUUUCCUUGAGGCGCAAGUUCAAAUGUUCGAACUGAUGAGUUCCAUGCCCUUUGCAGAGCUCGCUACGAUUGUCGCAAAGAGGUCGCGAUUGGUCCCUCCUAACAUCUUUUAGCAUUGAAACGGAGGAUUAGAGCAUAUCUUUUUUGGGUGUCGAAUUUUCAAUCCUUUUUCUUGAUACUGAGGUUUGUGUCCAACAAUUCUCAGUUGUUUCAUGCCGUCACUUCAUAACAGACAUAGCUGAGUGGCAGAUUUCAAAGGGUUAGCCUGCCUCAAGAAAACUAAACCCUAGUCUAGGAGCUUCGAAACAGCUUUUGAACGCGGACUUGAGAUGGC